GGUCCACGUCUGAUGGGGAGUAUAGGAACUGGGCGUCUGGACAACCUGCUACGUACCAGCCAGAAGAGAACUGUGUGGCAAUGCAGGCACAGGGUUGGUGGUACGAUGCACCCUGUGACUGGCAAUACAGACCAAUCUGCUCUGAUGGAAGUGGAUCAGACGUGACGCUUGUCCGCAUCGACCUCAUCGUGAACUGGACUGAGGCUCAGAAGUACUGCAGGGAACAUCACACAGAUCUGGUCACCAUCAGAGAUGUGUCGGAGAACCAGAAGGUAAACGAGGUUUCAGGAGGAAAUCUUGUUUGGAUUGGUCUCUACAGGAAGUCCUGGGAGUGGGUGGACAGAAGCAACUCCUCGUUCCAGUACUGGAAGUCCGGGGAACCCAACAACAUCAAGGAGAAGAACUGUGCAGCAGCAAAUUUCAAAGAACCUGGAACCUGGGAGGAUGACAACUGUGAUGUGGAGAAUCCAUUUAUCUGCAACCAAGUUGCAGUUUCACAGAAGGUUCUGAAAGUGAAGCUGGUCACAACCUCCCCUCUGGACCUGGAGGAUCCUGCUGUGCUGGAAAACCUGCUGAAGCAGCUGGAACUGAAGCUGCAGCAGCAGGGAGGGAAGCCAGACGUCAAACUGAGCUGGAGGAAGCAGACGGAUGGAAAGAUAUUCCAUAAAGAAGAUGAUAUGUAGGAGGAUCUUAGAAGCUGAAAAUCCAGCUGGUGCAACAGUUAUUUCACA